AUGGCAGUGAAUGUAAGUGUGGAUGCAGGACAUUCAUAUAACCGCUAUGAGCUGCUGGCUUGGCUCAAUGAAACUUUACAGACAGGCUUCACUAAGGUGGAGCAGCACAUCCCCAUUCAGGCACUGAUUAAGAAGAACUCUGUGGUGGCUCUCACCUUCCUGCAGUGGUUUAAGACGUUUUUUGAUAAGAACAACGACAGGGAGUACCACGCCUUGGAGGCCAGAGGGGGGCAGAGUAUGAGUAUGUUUCCUUCCGACUCAGAUGACCUCUCCUCCCAGACCUCUCAUCCGAAAUUGGAGAUUAUUGUGAAGAUGAAGGGCAAAAAAGUAGAAGAACCAAGACAAGAAAAACCAAGGGAGAGUUUGAACAUGAAUGCUGAUGUGGUAGUCAUGAUAUCUGAUGAUGAUGACGAUGUGGUGGAUGUGACGAUGGAGCAGAAAACGGAGACAAUGGAGGUAACAGCGAACAGAGACUGUGCACAGGAGAUAAAGAGAGUAGAGCAAGCAGAAGCAGCAGUGGACAGCAGUGGUACUUUGUUGAGCUUCAUCAGAAGAUACUGUAGUGACAAUGUGGGUACAAGUACAGACACUCAUACUUCUGGCCCUUUACUUUCUGCCAUUUUGAGUCCAUCCCACCAAAAAGACAUCACCAAGGCCAGCUCACACACACCGUACUGCCUCUACCUCUACAUGGGGGUAGAGCUGGAUGGAGGACAGACCACAAGUGUUGUUCUGAUUGGCUACUUUGACCAGAGCUCAGGGGUCAGUGUGGUGAAACUGCUGCACACUCUGCAGCUGAGUGUUGACACUGUUGAUCCACAAACCUCAGCGGCCAUGGACACUGACACUCCUACAGUUGCACACACAGCAGAUUCUGAUGCACACCUUCUGAUUGAGAUGCUGAAAAAAUCAGGACUUUUUCUGUCCAACCUUGCUGUGUUUCACUGUAAUGCUCCACACGCAGGGUUGAGCCAGGUAAUUGUAUCCAAGCUGCAGACUUACAACCCGAGCUUAGUGUCGCUCUGCGGCCUCCCUGGGAUGGCAGGAAGAGCAUUCCAGACUGGACUCCUUGCUUCCUUUAGUGGCGUGGUUGACUUGGUUAGAGCGAUCCACCAUCACUACUCCACCUACCCCUCUGUUAAUGACGGUCUGAAAGAGAUAUUUGCUGGUACAGAGUCCUAUAACUCAUCCCAUUCUAUCUCUGCACAGUGUUUAUUUAUUAUCUGCACUGUGCAAAAGAUGGUCAGCAGCUGGAGGGAUUUAGUGGCGUAUUUUAAGUCGCUAGGGCAAACAGAGGACACUGACCGGAUUCGAAGCCAACUGAUGGAUUAUAAAGUUAAACUGCACUUCCUCUUCCUGUCCCAAAUUUUGGAGCCCCUUCGAGGUCUUCAAGAACUGCAGCAGUAUGGCACAGCGGACGUGGCUGUGGAGCUCCAGGUGACCUCCAUCUUGAUUCAGUCCUAUGCAACCAACAUCCUCCGGCCCUCUGUCGCCGAGCGCUUCCUCAGGAGACGAGACCUGCAGCUCCUCUGCAAUAAGAAGGAGCUGCUCCCCAUGGCAGAGGUGAAUGUGGGCUCUCGUGCCAGAGAAUUCCUGUGGGCCACUGCUGUUGUGGAUCUUGGGAAACGGGAGAGGAGCAACUUCCUGAAGGGUGCAGUGGCUUUCUAUAAAGCGGCACUCCAGAGUUUAGCACAGAAUAUUCCUGAACAGCUUGGAGACGCGGCGCUGAGAAAUAUCGCCACAGUUCUGAAAAAUCCUGAAAAUAUCAACGAUAAUACGUUGUCCAGAAAUGUGCUGUCAGAGUUGGGGGUUCAGCUGGGUCUGUGUAAGGCUGACUCUCCAGAAAUGCAUAAGCUGGCACAGGACUACCUCAGUUUCACUGAGAAAGUGAAGGAGCAACAGGCGGGCGGAGAAGGAGAGGGUCAUUGCUGGGCAAAGAUGUUGCACGGCAUGAGACCGUACUCUAGUCUGCAUAGACUCCUCCUGACCCUCCUGGCGUUGCCGAGCUCUCUAUGCAGGACUCAGGUGUUUGAUAAGGUGUUACAGAGCAUCAAGGCUCUUCCUGACAGCAGAGAAAGCCCCAGAGCCACACCUCGACCAGGCAGGUGGGCAGAGAGAACCCGCGUCCGCAGAAGGAAACUACCUGUCCAGAGGGGUUAUGGCGGCAAGAAGAAAGAAAAAGUGGACGAAGAUAGUUCAUCAGAGGACAGUAGUGACAGUUUAGUGGCCAAACCCAGUCUGCACAGUUCUUCCAGACACUACAUUAUAGAGGACUCAGACUACACAGAUAAUUCCUCAGAUGUGGUUGACGUCACUGAAGAGUCCAGAAUGUCUCAGACCAGCAGACUAAAGGCAGAAGGUCAACAAAGUCCACCAGCAGAAGUUGAAUAUGUCUUGGGCAGUGAUGAUGAUGAUGAUGAUGAUGACGACAACAUUGUUUCAACAAGCACGUCAUCCAGCUCUACACAAGUACUGGGUGUGAAUGGGGAGCUGGUCUGGGGCGAUGUGGAGAGCUUCUCUCCUUGGCCAGCCAUCAUCCUCCCCUGUAAGGAACAGAAGCUGGUUCAAGGGAGGAGGCUGGUGGAGUGGUACGGACAGAAGGUGUGCUCUCAGACCAAUUUGCAGGAUCUGAAACCAUUUGCUGCCUUUGGCCAGCACUUCUGUGCCAACUCCUUUGCCACCCUUGCCACGUACAAAGAAGCCAUUUCCUUGUCACUGGAGGAGGCAGCACUUCGUUGUAAGAAGCGGUUUUCUGCGCGUCCUGAUGACGGAGAUGAGCUGUUGAAGAAGAUGUUGGACUGGGCCCUCAGAGGUUUUCGACCCACAGGGCCAGACGGACUCAAACCGCUGGCUUCCGUACACGGUGCUUCUAAAUCAUGCCACAGGCAGAAGGUGAACAUGACACUCCUCCUGAAACCCACCUCUUCUCCCCCGAGCAGCAAGAGGAACGUCGGCUCUGAGGUGAAAGAAGUUGCCGUCUCCAUGAACAAACUGUCGUGCAACUCCAAAGAGAAGUCCUCCCACAAAGGUGGAGGUGGAAAGACUGCAAGGGGAGAGAGAUUUGGCACCAAAGGAGGGGUGAAGGAGAAGGGAUCCAGAGGAGGAUGGGCAGCAGAGAAACAAAGGAAGGGAGGAUCGGGAGGAGAGAAAGACGACUCAGCAGGAGGAUUGGGAAGAGGGAAGGGUGAGGGAGGAUCGGGAGGAGAGAAAGACGACUCAGGAGGAGGAUGGGGAAGAGGGAAGGGUAAGGGAGGAUCGGGAGGAGAGAAAGGAGGGAAGGGACAGAGGAAGAAAGGCAGUCUGUUAGAUGGGGUUGAUGCUGACAUGUCACCAGAUGUUGCGCCGUACAAGAAGAGAGCCUACACCAAAAAUUACAACAAGGUCAACCAGGAGACCACCGUCUACACCCAGCCGAACCAGAAGCUGAGAGAGGAGACCAUUCGUAAGAUCACAGACAUGAAACAGGACAUCGAAGGCUUCUGCUUGUGUUGUGGAACUGAAAAGGUUGAAAUAUUCCACCCUCUGUUUAAAGGCAGCCUCUGCUUAAAGUGUAAAGAUAACUUCACAGAAACUCUGUUUCGUUACGAUGAAGACGGGUAUCAGUCCUACUGCACCAUCUGCUGCUAUGGACUGGAGGUCAUACUUUGUGGCAAUGACAGCUGCUGCAGAUCUUACUGUGAGGACUGUCUGAACAUCCUCGUUGGUCCAGGGACGUUUGAAUCACUGACGCUGGUGGACCCGUGGAUCUGCUACCUGUGUCAGCCUCACCGGCCCCAUGGAGCUCUGAUUCCCAGGGAGGACUGGAGCGUCCGUGUUCAGGAGCUAUUUGCCAACAAUAGCGCCAUGGCGUUUGAGCCGCACCGUGUUUACCCAUCCAUCCCCGCCAACAAGCGCAGACCAAUUCGAGUUCUCUCACUGUUUGAUGGCAUAGCAACAGGCUACCUGGUUCUGAAGGAGCUUGGCUUUAAAGUCCAGACAUACGUUGCCUCAGAAGUUUGUGAGGAUUCAGUUGCCGUGGGGACCGUCAACCACGACGGGAAGAUCCUCCACGUUGGUGAUGCCCGGUUCAUCACAGAGAAACAGAUCGAGCAGUGGGGUCCGUUUGAUUUGCUGAUCGGUGGCAGCCCCUGUAACGACCUCUCCAUCGUCAACCCCCUCAGAAAAGGCCUCUAUGAGGGCACCGGCAGGCUCUUCUUUGAGUACUACCGCAUCCUUCAGCUGCUGAAGCCCAAAGAGGGAGACCCUCGGCCGUUCUUCUGGCUGUUCGAGAACGUGGUCUUCAUGAACACACAUGACAAAGUCAACAUCUGCCGCUUCCUUGAGUGUAACCCGGUGCUGGUGGAUGCAGUCAAAGUGAGCCCAGCACACAGAGCCCGUUACUUCUGGGGAAACAUCCCAGGGAUGACAAGACCCAUCAUAGCCUCCCAGAGUGACAAGCUGAAUCUUCAGGACUGUUUAGAGAUUGGUAGAGAAGCCAGGGUCGCUAAGGUGAGGACGAUCACCACCAAUCCAAACUCUCUGAAGCAGGGAAAAGGUGUGUCUCUGCUGCCUGUCGUCCAGAACGGCAGAGAGGACAACCUCUGGAUCACUGAACUAGAAAAAAUCUUUGGUUUCCCCAAACAUUACACCGACGUGAGGAACAUGAACCGGCAGCAGAGGCAGAAGGUGCUGGGGAAGGCGUGGAGUGUGCCAGUCAUCCGUCACCUCUUCGCUCCCCUGAAGGACUAUUUUGCCUGUGAAGAGCUAUUGACCACAUCCACCACCAUCACCAACGCUACCUCCACCUCCAUAUCCUCCCCUCCCUCUCCAGACCUGCAGCAAUUGAGAUAG